AUGUCUUAUGUGAGUCUCCUCGAGCGAUCUUUGGCGACGCAUUACGUGCCGCACUCGGACCUGACCAAGUCGUACUAUGAGCGUCUUCUGCUCGACGUGCGCCGCCACCUUCCACCAGGUGUGGAAGAUGACGUGGAGGAGAUCGCCGAGCAGGUGCUGAGCAUUGUGUGCUCGGCCGCAUCUGGCACAUCCUCAUCGGCGGCGACGCUGAGCGAUCAGCAACAAAGCCUUGAGCGGCUGCUGGACACCCGUCUAAGCCGUGAGGUUCGCGACCACUUCUUGCAGUAUGGGAAACUGAUCACCGACUACGUGGCCGACGACAAGGUGGCGGCAAACGGCACGUGUGGUUUGCUGACCUCGUCUUCCGGUGCCUUGGGGGUGCAGGACUUGAACUUCGCGGGCCCCAGUAGCAGUGACACCGACAGCGACGGUAGCAGCGAUACCCUGCGUAGUGACGCAGAAGAGCGACGCAAAGUGGAGCUGCUGACGGGCGGCGCGUCCUCCUCGGCGGCGGAGAGAAAGGAGCGGCGUAAGAAGCGCAAGGCGCUCAUGAAGGAUGAUCAGAAUCUAAUGCAAUACGCCUUCGCCGAAGGCGGCGGAAUAGCUGACACAGUCGAGGAGGCAGAGGCGUGGGGGGCGUCCGCGACGCUGGCUGCCGGCAGGGGUGCCUCAGGGGAGUUGAACGAUGACGAGUAUGACGAGGACGACGCGCUGGCGGCGAGGGCAGUGGAGAUGCCACGGAUUCCGUUUGAAGAAGUCGCGUGCAAUGCGCAGUUUCUUAAAGACGCCGUGCGUCGUCUUUUUCCGGCUCACGAUGCUGAUACCUGUAACAGGCUAGCACAGCGGGUGCUGAACUUUCUGAGCGAGAAGGAGGAGGAUGACUUCACGCUGGAGACACAGCUCACCACGUGUCUGGGCGGCUAUGAGGACGAGGCGGUGAUGGACUGGAUUGGUGAUGCGGUGCAAUCGCGCUGGAGCGUCGUGUACGGCCUGCGCUACGCCCAAUGCACGACACAGAAGGAGCGCCACGUAGUCAUGGAUGGAAUGCGUCAACACGCCCUAGAUGACCCGAGGGUCGAGCACCUAUACCAGAGUAUUACCGGCAAGGAAGUGGAUCCGUUGAACAUGGAGCAACUGAAGCAGCACCGCGAGUUUGCGGCCGCGGGUGGCAACGAGGAGGCGGUAUCUACGCUCGCGUCGGCAGCACCACGGCAGCACGUGCUGCGACGGGUGAACCUUCAGGCCUGCGCCUUUCAGGAUGAGCGAGCACCGCACCUGCACGUGCGCGCUACGGUCCCGCAAGGUACGCAGCGGCUGACCUACGAGACCCACGAUGAGAUCCUCCUUCCGCCGUCCUCGUCGUGCAGCGCGUCGGACCCGCUCAUUCCUGUCGCCACAUCUUUCCCAGGGUGGGCGGUGCCGGCAUUCCCAGGUGUGGUGGAGCUCAAUGCCAUGCAGUCUAAAGUGUACGACUGCGCCUUCCACUCGGACGAGAACAUGCUGGUGAGUGCGCCAACCGGGGCCGGUAAAACGAAUGUGGCGAUGAUGGCGAUGCUGCGCGCCAUCGCGGCAGCUCGAAACACUGCGACAGGUGUGAUUGAUGGCCACAGUUUGAAGAUGGUGUAUGUGGCACCCAUGAAGGCUCUCGUGCAGGAGGUGGUGCGGACCUUCUCGACGCGACUGGAGCCGCUCGGUCUUACUGUGGCUGAGCUGUCCGGUGACAUGGCCAUGACGCAGCAGCAGAUGGCCGCCACGCAGCUGAUUGUGGCGACGCCGGAGAAAUGGGACGUCGUCACGCGAAAGUCCGUCGAGCUCGGAGUGGCGUCGCUGCUGAAGCUGCUCAUCAUCGAUGAGGUGCACCUCCUCCACAACGAACGUGGCCCUGUGGUGGAGGCGAUUGUGGCGCGCACAAUGCUGCAGCAGCAGCUCCGCGGCGAGGGUGGCAUUCGACUGAUCGGGCUCAGCGCCACUCUUCCAAACUACACGGACGUCGCGGCUUUCCUGCAAGUGAACCGCCAGCGCGGCCUUUUUGUGUUUGACAACAGCUACCGCCCCAUUCCGUUGGUGCAGGCCUACUGCGCCAUCAAGAAGGUGAAGGGUAUGGCGCAGAGUGCCGUCAUGAACCUCGUGGCCUACGACAAGGUACUGCAUGCGGUGCAGGCCGAGGAGCAGGUAAUGAUAUUCGUGCACUCCAGGGGGGAGACUGAGCACACGGCGAGGUGCUUGCAGAAGCGUGUUGCUGAGGAGCGCCGCGGGUACUACUUUGUGCGCCCUGACGGCGACAGCCACAAGGCGUUGUUGGAGGCCAGCAGCGGGGCUGGAGGUGCGGUGCUGCGCCGCAGCCUGCAAAAGUUUUUGCCGGAUGGCUUCGGCAUCCACCACGCCGGCCUCAGCCGAGACGAGCGCAACACGGUGGAGCGGCUCUUUGCGGACCGCCACAUCAAGGUUCUUGUGUGCACGUCGACGCUCGCCUGGGGUGUCAACCUGCCUGCGAACCACGUCAUCAUUAAGGGCACUCGCGUUUUCAACGGCGCCAGGGGGCGGUCGGAGCUGCUGAGCGCGUUGGACGUGCUGCAGAUGUUCGGGCGAGCCGGUCGCGUAGGCUAUGGCGCGACCGUGGGCAGGGCCACUAUCAUCACUUCCCCGGAUGACCUUCACUACUACCUCAGCGUGCUGAACCAGCAACUGCCUAUAGAGUCGCACAUGAUGCGACGACUCGUUGACAUGCUCAACGCUGAGAUCACCCUGGGCCACGUGGAGACGGUCGAUGAAGGCGUGCAGUGGCUUCAGCGGUCCUAUCUGUACGUGCGGAUGCAGCAAGUGCCGGAGGUGUACGGCAUCCGCGCCAGCUCCAGUGAUCCGCUGCUUCUCCACCACCUCGCCAACAUUGUCCACACCGCGUUUGAGGAGUUGAAGGAGUCGAAGAUGGCUGACUACGACGCCCGCGCCAGGACGGUGGUCGGCACCGCGUAUGGCCGCAUUGCCUCCUACUGUUACAUCACGACGGCAUCCAUGACCGCCUACCUGGGACUGUUGAGCAACGCCAUGCAGGACGUCGAGCUGUUCCGCGUCUUCGCCUCCUCUAGCGAAUUCGCCAGCAUCGGUGUGCGGGCGGAGGAGCAGGCGCAGCUCAAGGAGCUUAUGGAGAGCGCUCCAGUGGCUGUGCGUGAGUCCCGCUACACACCGCUGGCGAAGAUCAACAUCCUUCUUCAGUGCUACAUCAGUCAGAAGGGUCUGGAGGGACUGCCGUUGAUGAGUGAGAUGGCGUACGUGAAGGACUCCGCGCAGCGCAUCCUGCGGGCACUGUAUGAAAUUUGCCUCGUUCGCGAGUAUGGCCGCACGGCGCGGCAGUUUCUUGAGCUGUACUUGAUGACGGUGCACCGACAGUGGGCUGUGCAGUCGCCGCUGCGGCAGGUGCGCGAUUACUUGCCAGUGAAAAACUUCGACGCAAUCCUGCCGGCGCUGGAGCGCGUGCGCGUGCCGUGGGAGGAGGUGCGGCGCUGGAGCGUCGAGGACCUGGCCGAGAAACUCAGCGACGACCGGCGCGCGCAGUCUGCAUAUGAGGCGAUCCAUGUGGUGCCGCACUACGCCGUCGACGCCGCUGUGCGACCGCUGACGCGGGGGAUGCUUUACGUGGACGUUGACAUCUUGCCUGACUUCGACUACGUUGAGUCACUGCACGGCUGUUCGGUGUGCGAGGUGGAGCUCAUGAUCGAGCACACCAACGGUCGCCUGCUACACCACGAGUUAAUGCUAAUUCCUUUGGCAAAUGUACUGGAGCAAGUUGCCUAUGCCUGCCCGCCCGUGGUGGUGCCGAUGGUGGAGCCGGCGCCGACGCACCUGCUCGUGCGCGUGGCCUCCCCGCACUGGCUGGCUGCAACAGCCUCCGCCUCGGUGUGCCUGCUGAACACGCUGCUGCCGCCAGUGGCGGCACCACUGCGCGAGGUGGAUCAGCGUCCGCCUUCGCAGGACGCGAACAUUACGUCUGUGGCGGAGCGCCUCGCUCCGUUUCAGCUCCACACUCUCGGCGAGACGCUCUUCCCCUUCCAGGACUUCACGGCGCUGCAGUCAGACCUAAUCGACCCCAUCUUUCUGGACCACCCACACAACCUCCUCGUUGGUGUCCCGCCGGGUGGUGGCAAGACAGCCAUCGCGGAGCUCUUCGUGCUGCAGUUUUUGCUUGAAGAGGCGCUGAAGGAGACAGAGCGGACAGCGAAGACGCACCAGCAGGAGGAAGAGGAGAGGCCCGCCACCCGCUCAAAGCUGCUGCUACCCGGAAAGCUUCUCUACCUCACCAGUAACCCUGACGUUGUGCACCGCCGUGCGCUGAACUGGCGCUACAAGUUUGGUGAGGUGUUGAAGCAGCGUGUCGUGGAGCUCGCUGGCAGCUGGGGUGGCGACACGGAGAACGAUGGGGCUGAGGAGAUAAGCAACGCUGCUGAGGUGACCUCGGCCGCCAUCGUGCUUGCCACCGGUGCGAACCUUAUUCGCCUUGUGCGUCGUGGUGACCCGGUGCUGGCUGGCGUGACGCACAUCAUCGUUGACCACCUGCACCUCCUGCGGGCCCCCGAGGGGCAGGCGAUGGAGGAGUGCAUGGCUCGACUUAACAGCGAGCCGUUCCUCGUGCGGUGCGGUGCGGGUCGCGCGCGUGUUCUGGGGCUGACCUACCCGCUGAUCAGCAUGGCGGAGCUUGGCCGUUGGCUGAAGGUGUCAGUGAACCACCAGUACAACUACGGUGCCUCCUACCGGCAGCUGCGAGUGCGCAUGGCUGGGAUGGAGCUGCCCGGACCCCGAAGUCGCUACGAAAGCGGCGUUAUAGCGGCUCUGAAGUUGCUGCGCCGUCCCUCGUACGCUGCAGCUCCAACGGUGAUCUUCGUCCCCACAGCACGUCAGGCGCGAGAGGUGGCGCAGCGCAUAUUGUUGCGGUGCCGCGACAACUACAUCCCUGAAACAACCGAGCACGCCACCGACGACGCGCGACUCGCCGUGUUUCUGGCGGCUGGCGUCGCCUACAUGCACAAAGGCACCAGCGAACUUGACGCACUCGCGAUACAGGAGCUCGUUGACGCACCAGCUGUCUACCCCACUACGCAGGCGCUGCUGCCGCUGCGUCUCGUCUGUACAUUCGACGCGGCCUGGCGAUUGCCGGCGGCUCUCUUCACGAACGCAAUCGUGUGCUGCGGGGAGCGACUGACCGCCUUCGAGAGAGAGGACGGCGAGCGUGGCAUGCGCUAUCAAGACUGCUCCGCUGCUGAGCUGAUGCAAAUGGCGUCACGUGCCAUGAACGAGGCAGUGCUGUGCGUUCGCACGCCACGGGUGUGGGUGUGGGGUAAGCUGCUCAACGAGCCGCUGCCGCUGGAGUCGAGCCUUCGGUACGCGGAUGAUUUUCGUGACACAGUGAACACGGCGAUUGCGCAGGGGCGGGCGCACAACCGCGUUGACGUGCUACGUGUGCUGUCCUCGCACUACUUCCUUUACCAUGUCAAGUCGAACUUACACUUCUACGGUGUGCCCACGGCGGCCGAUGUAUCUCUGUACGCCUCCAGCUUUGCCUCGCACGUGGUGACCUCGUUGAAGGAGCUAAAGUGCAUCGAGGAGCUGCGAGUGCGACGGCACCAUGCGGACAGUGACGAUGAUGCGGGCGAGGAUGGAGGCAACAAGAGUAACGCAGAGUUCGAGGACACAGAGGAGGACGAGGAUCCGCACGCCCCUUUGCGACCUACGGCGCGCGGCAUGGCCCUUGCCCACCACUGCAUCGCGGUCAGUACCGCAGAGGAUCUCGUCCGUGUCCUGCCGGCCUCCCUCGAGGCUGAGAAGAAGGCUGCGCUCUACGACUCUACGACGUACCUUUGGCAGAUCCUGGCACACCACUGCGUGGAGCUCACGCCGGCUCACCUCGGCGACGCCGCGCGGGUGACGGAGGCGGCGGAGUACCGGGCGCUGCAUUCCAUUGCGCGUGCUUUACCCGAGUCCAUCGGUGUGCGGUACAUCGACUUGGACUUCGGAGCCGCAGGGACAAAGGUUUACCUGCUCGUGCUGGCGUACUGCAGUCGGCUCUUCCCUGCCACUUACUUCCACCCUGCCGGCACCACUUCGUCAAUCGAGGUGGAUACCGUAGCAGCGGCCGCCUUCGACACGCACUUUGGCCACAGUCUCUAUCACGCCGCCGUGCCGGCCGCGACGCGUGACGCGCUCUGCAACGCCGUGCCAGAUGACAUCGCCCAGCGCCUCGUGCAAGAUGCACGCUUCCUUCUCCCUGCAGUGCGCCGUGUCGUGACUGCGGUGGUGGAGCUGCUGGACGGCGACGCACAGGAGUGGGCGGUGGCCCGCCUGAUUCGAUUCGGUGCGUGCCUGCAGCAGCAGGGGUGGGACGGCGAGGCGCCGGUGACGCAGCUGCCGUGCUGGCGCGCGUUGAGAUGGUCGUCCUUUGCUGCUCGACAGGUCAUUCAAAGCAGCUGCACGCUGCAGGAGCUACAGACGAACCCAACGGGAGCUGCAUCAAAGCUGGAGCCCGCUCUGCGCGGUGUCGUGACGACUGACGACGCUGCGGUCGUGGUGCAGCACGUGCUUGCCUCUGCAGUGCAGGACGCUGCGGGAGUGCCGCAGGUGGUGUCAAUCAGUGCCAAGGGGCGCGUCGAAGAGGUGGAUGGCGUGCUAGCCAUGGUGGUACGUGUCACUGCGCAGCUCCGCUGGAAGGCGCCGACGAUGCUGAGGCUAGCUGAGGGCAGCGGCGGCGUUGAUUGCACACCACAAGGCGGCAUCGUCGGGAUCGCAGACGAUGUCGCACCGACGUCGAAGUGGUGGGUGCGGUGCAUCGUCUCGAAUCGGUCGUUAGCGGCUUCACGAGCUGGAGCGUCAGCGGGAACUCGGCAGCUGGCCCUGCGAGUUAGUGUGGCCCGGAACGUCAUGGACGCAGAGGCGACUUCGAAGUAUGAAGUCUCCUCAGACGUCUUGUUCUCAUUAGCGCGACUGGAGGCGGAGGACUUGGACACUGUGGAGAUGCGCGCUGUUGUGACGAGCAUGGCUUACUGUGGCAUCGAAGCCACGACUGCAGUGCGGUUCGACGUGGACGAGGACGAGAAUGGAGAGGACAAGUGA